AUGAAAGAGAAGUCCAAAAAUGCUGCGCGGACUAGGAGGGAGAAGGAAAACAGUGAAUUUUAUGAACUGGCUAAGUUACUGCCUUUGCCCUCAGCGAUCACCUCGCAGCUGGACAAAGCAUCCAUAAUCAGGCUCACCACCAGCUAUCUCAAAAUGAGAGUUGUGUUCCCAGAAGGACUCGGCGAGGCGUGGGGCCACUCGAGUCGCACCAGCCCUUUGGACAACGUGGGCAGAGAAUUGGGCUCCCAUUUGCUCCAGACCCUGGAUGGCUUCAUCUUUGUGGUGGCCCCAGAUGGGAAGAUCAUGUACAUCUCAGAGACAGCCUCAGUCCACCUGGGUCUUUCUCAGGUAGAGCUGACUGGAAACAGCAUUUACGAAUACAUCCACCCCGCGGACCACGACGAGAUGACCGCGGUGCUCACGGCCCAUCAGCCUUACCACUCUCACUUCGUCCAGGAGUAUGAGAUCGAGCGCUCGUUCUUCCUGAGGAUGAAGUGCGUCUUGGCCAAGAGGAACGCGGGCCUCACGUGCGGUGGCUACAAAGUUAUUCACUGCAGCGGCUACCUGAAGAUCCGCCAGUACAGCCUGGACAUGUCCCCCUUCGAUGGCUGCUACCAGAACGUGGGCCUGGUGGCCGUGGGCCACUCGCUGCCUCCCAGCGCCGUCACGGAGAUCAAGCUGCACAGCAAUAUGUUCAUGUUCCGCGCCAGCCUGGACAUGAAGCUCAUCUUCCUGGACUCCAGAGUGGCGGAGCUGACGGGGUACGAACCUCAGGACCUAAUCGAGAAGACUCUGUACCACCACGUGCACGGCUGCGAUACCUUCCACCUGCGCUGCGCCCAUCACCUGCUGCUCGUGAAGGGGCAGGUGACCACCAAGUACUACAGGUUCCUGGCGAAGCACGGCGGCUGGGUAUGGGUGCAGAGCUAUGCGACCAUCGUCCACAACAGCCGCUCCUCCAGGCCACACUGUAUCGUCAGUGUCAACUAUGUCCUCACGGACACAGAAUACAAAGGAUUGCAGCUCUCCCUGGAUCAGAUCUCAGCCUCUAAACCAGCCUUCUCCUACACCAGCAGUUCCACUCCUACUAUGACUGACAACAGGAAGGGGGCCAAGUCCAGGCUCUCCAGCUCAAAGUCAAAAUCCAGAACUUCCCCAUAUCCUCAGUAUUCAGGAUUUCACACGGAAAGAUCUGAGUCUGAUCACGACAGCCAGUGGGGUGGAAGUCCCCUGACCGACACGGCCUCUCCUCAGCUCCUGGACCCCGCAGAGAGACCGGGCUCUCAGCACGACGCAUCGUGCGCCUACAGACAGUUCUCUGACCGCAGCUCUCUCUGCUACGGCUUUGCGCUGGACCAUUCCAGGCUGGUGGAGGAGAGGCAUUUCCACACGCAGGCCUGCGAGGGUGGCCGGUGUGAGGCAGGCAGGUACUUCCUGGGAACGCCGCAGGCCGGGAGGGAGCCCUGGUGGGGCUCUCGCGCAGCCUUGCCCCUGACCAAGUCUUCCCCAGAGAGCAGAGAAGCCUAUGAAAACAGCAUGCCUCACAUCGCUUCCAUCCACAGGAUCCACGGGCGAGGUCAUUGGGAUGAAGAUAGUGUGGUCAGUUCUCCAGACCCUGGGUCUGCCAGCGAAUCAGGUGACCGAUACCGCACUGAGCAGUAUCAAAGUAGCCCACACGAACCUAGCAAAAUUGAAACUCUGAUAAGAGCCACCCAGCAAAUGAUUAAAGAAGAAGAGAACAGAUUGCAGCUAAGGAAGGCCCCCCCAGACCAAUUGGCUUCCAUUAAUGGAGCUGGGAAAAAACACUCCCUCUGUUUUGCAAACUACCAACAGCCCCCGCCAGCAGGGGAAGUCUGCCACAGCUCGGCUCUUGCCAGCACUUCACCGUGUGACCACAUCCAGCAGAGAGAGGGAAAGAUGCUGAGCCCCCACGAAAAUGACUAUGACAACAGUCCCACUGCACUGUCUCGAAUCAGUAGUCCCAAUUCGGAUCGCAUUUCAAAAUCCAGUUUGAUCCUAGCUAAAGACUAUCUACAUUCGGAUAUGUCUCCACAUCAGACAGCAGGAGACCAUCCUGCCGUCUCUCCAAACUGCUUUGGUUCUCACCGGCAGUAUUUUGAUAAGCACGCUUACACAUUAACUGGAUAUGCCCUGGAGCACUUAUAUGACAGUGAAACCAUUAGAAACUAUUCCUUGGGUUGUAAUGGCUCACACUUUGAUGUCGCUUCCCAUCUAAGGAUGCAGCCAGACCCUGCACAAGGACACAAGGGAACAUCUGUUAUAAUAACCAAUGGAAGCUGA